UUAAACUACAACCAUGUGGAGGUGCAUUUGUGGGACUGAAGAGUCCCAUGCAUCAUCGGAGGCACUGAGCUGCAGGUCUACCACAGGUAGGUAUUUGGAGGCUGGUUUAUCUGAGCAGCUGGCUCAGUAUGAACAGCUGGUAAUGCAGCUCAUUGAUCAACAUCUGGACAAAAAGACCCAGCUGCAAGUGAGAGGUGAACACCUUAAGUUACUGGAAGACCUCAAGGUAAAACUCCGUGAAAACGAAGAAGCAUUAUUGGAAAAGACGCAACUUGUCGAUGUGUUGCAGAAAGAGCUUCAUAGAAAUAAUCGGGAUCUAGCGUUGCUGGAAGACUUUAAUGAAAAACUCGGGGAAAUCGAAGAGGAACUGCGAAAAACAACACAACAAUUGGAAAUACUGCAGACAAAUCUGGAAUGGAACAAUUGUGCGAUAGUGGAGUUAGUGGAACAUAUAAGAAUACUUGAAGAAACGAAUCAGGACCUGGACAACAAGUAUUACGCUGCAGAUUACGACAGCUAUAUCGAGAUCUGUGGUUUGAAGGCGACCCAUGAAAUUGAAUUAGCACAUCUCAAAGAACAAGUGAUGUUUCUGAUGGAAGAGGCAGAAAGGUCAGAGGACAGAUUUUUGUCAAAGGAAGCUACAUACCUGUUGAUAAUUGAACAGAUGCAAGAGGAGCUGGACAAUGUACAGGAAAAGGAAGAACUGAAAAUCCUUCCAGAAGAAACACAGCAGGAGCGCAGAGAACAAGAUCCGUCCUCCUGCAAGAAUGAAUUGGCUGAGCUAAGACAUGUCAGACCAGCGCCCAGGAAGCAAAAAAUUGGCAAUGAAACACACAAGGAACAUGAGGAGGCUUUUGAGAAUGACUCAAUUGAAAAGGUGGUGGUGGCACGGAAGAAGGCAAAGAAGCGAGUGAGGAGUUUCAAACGUUUAUUCGCCUCUCGAAAAGUAAGACAUCACGAUGCAUGGUGAUGUUGAACCGGCCGAUCCCUGUACGGAGCCAGUUCAGGGCGACCCACUCGUUCCAGGGCACGUCCGAGCCAGGUGUGGCUGUGGUGUUUGGUGCAACAGUGAAUUGAGGAGGUCAGGAAGUCUGUUCCCAGCUGGUUCUCCAAGCUCCUAGUAUGUUGAAACCGGAGCCACAGAGGGUGGCUGCGUGACGGUAGAAGGAGCGAUCAGAUGACAGGCGUCGAGGUCCCAGUUGCUGUGAGUCCUGGGCGAGGUGGUGCAAAGGAUGUUUGGUGUCCGAAGGGGCCUUGCACACCAGCUUGUGGGUGAAGUACUCUCUGCGAAGCUUGGCGGGUGCGAUAGCUGCGAGCACCGGCAGAAGAUCCGGAGUAGGACGUAGGCAGCCGGUGAUGAUCCGCAUGUUGUCGUUGAGGAUGGCGUCCAGCUUGCUAGUAUGAGCGCUGCGGCAUCAUGCUGGGGCGGUGUACACGAGUGCAAGAGACCGGUUCAGAGAAUAGAUAUCCAGGCGCCCCAUGAUGAUCCAGCCAAGCAAUGCAGGAGGUACACAAAAUGCUGGAGAAACUCAGUGGGUGCAGCAGCAUCUAUGGAGCGAAGGAAAUAGGCAACGUUUUCGAGCCGAAACCCUUCUUCAGACUGAUAGCGGAUGGGGGGGGGAAGGAGAGAAGGAAUGAAAAGGGGAGGAGGAGGAGCUCGAGGGCUGGGGGAUGGGAGGAGACAGCUCGAGGGUUAAGGAAGAGGAGGAGACAGCAAGGGCUAGCAAAACUGGGAGAAUUCAAUGUUCAUGCCCCCAGGAUGCAGACUCCCCAGGCGGAAUAUGAGGUGCUGUUCCUCCAAUUUCCGGUGUUGCUCACUCUGGCAAUGGAGGAGACCCAGGACAGAGAGGUCGGAUUGGGAAUGGGAGGGGGAGUUGAAGUGCUGAGCCACCGGGAGGUCAGGUAGGUUAUUGCGGACUGAGCGGAGGUGUUCGGCGAAACGAUCGCCCAACCUCCGCUUGGUCUCACCGAUGUAAAUCAGCUGACAUCUAGAGCAGCGGAUGCAGUAGAUGAGGUUGGAGGAGAUACAGGUGAACCUCUGUCACACCUGGAAUGACUGCUUGGGACCUUGAAUGGAGUCGAGUGGGGAGGUGAAGGGACAGGUGUUGCAUUUCUUGCGGUUGCAACGGAAAGUGCCCGGGGAGGGGCUGGUACGGGAGAGAAGGGAAGAAUUGAUAAGGGAGUUGCGGAGGGAGCGGUCUUUGCGGAAGGCAGACAUUGGGGGAGAUGGGAAGAUGUGGCGAGUGGUGGGGACACGUUGGAGGUGGCGGGAGUGGCGGAGGAUUAUGUGUUGUAUUUUCCGGCUGGUGGGGUGAAAGGUGAGGACUAGGGUGACUCUGCCCUUGUUGUGGGUGCGACGAUGGGGAGAGAGAGAGCAGUGUUGUGGGGUAUGGAUGAGACCCUGGUGCGAGCCUCAUCUAUGGUGGCGGAGGGAAAUCCCCGUUCCCUGAAGAACGAGGACAUUUCCGAUGCCCUGGUGUGGAACGUGGGAGCAGAUGCGGCAUAUGCGGAGGAAUUGGGAGUAGGGGAUGGAAUCUUUACAGGGGGCAGGGUGGGAAGAAGUGUAGUCCAGAUAGCCAUACGAGUCAGUUGGUUUAUAGUGUAUGUCGGUCAGGAGUCUGUCCACUGCGAUGGAGAUGGUGAGGUCAAGGAAUGGUAGGGAAGUGUCGGAAAUGGUCCAGGUGUAUUGUAGUGCCAGAUAGAAGUUGGUGGUGAAGUGGAUGAAGUCAGUGAGUUGUGUGUGGGUGCAGGAGGUGGCCCCAAAGCAGUCGUCAAUGUAACGGAGGUAGAGGUCGGGGAUGGGAUCAAAUACAACACAUAAUCCUCCGCCACUUCCGCCACCUCCAACGUGACCCCACCACUCGCCACAUCUUCCCAUCCCCCCCCCCCUUGUCUGCCUUCCA